GGAGUGACAACAAAACGUCGGGAAACUAGAACCACGGGACAGUGCAGCCGAAUGUCCUGUGGCAACUUCCAAGGCUUAUAACCUGAUUAAGCUCUAUGAGACCAUCGCAUUUAAGAGUGCAUGCAAGUUACACUACACCGAUGAAGAAAAGGACAUGUCGUUGUAUCGAUACAUAAUGGCUGGGAAGAAGUAUCAUGAGUUCAUGGUUGGGAAUGUUCCCGGCAUAAGCCGAGCUACCCUUCUAAGGCACAUGGACAAACAUACAACGGACAUUAAAGAUGGGGUGAUCGACGCGGCGGGUCUGAAGCGUUACCUGACCGAGAACGGCUAUCCGCUGACGGUGAUGCUUGCGGAGGAUGGGACGAGGGUUACCCCGCGUGCCCAGUACGACGAGCGAACAAACACUUUGACUGGACUAGUAGCUCCGCUUGACCACACGGGACUUCCCAAACGAAACUACUUUGACGCCAGCAAUGCGCAGGAUAUGGCUGACAAGUUGAAAAAUUGCCGACUGGCAAGCACUGCAUACGUUCAACUAGCAGUACCUCUAGAUCCAAAUGCGGCCCCGUACGUGCUGUUCUACAUGGGUACGGACAACAGCUUUACGUAUGCAGAUGUACUCAAGCGUUGGCUUCACACCAUCGACUUGCUGAAGAAGCAUGGCAUCACCGUUUUUGGUAUAGCUUCAGAUGGGGACCCAACUCUCCUGAAGGCAAUGCUCAGCAUCAUGCAAUUGGCAGAUGUACCGUGUGAUGAGCUAGGUGUUAGAUUUCUUUGGAAACUUGUUCAGCGCACCUAUCUGUACCAAGAUAUAACGCACACAGUGAACAAACUAGCGCGCAAGUUGUUCAAUCGCAAACGAGCGUUAAUGAUUGGUACAUCGGUGGCUAGCGUUACCCACCUCGAUGCCCUGUUGGAUAAGGUUUCGAAGGACAAACACGGUCUCACGUACGGUGAUCUUCACCCGACCGACCUCAUGAGCUUUCGACCUACGGAAAAAGUAAUGGAGGAAGCCGUUAUCAACCUGUUGGAGGAACAUGUGCCUGGUAGCGAGGGCACGGUAGUGCUGCUCCGCUACAUGAGCGCUAUAUACCGAGCAUAUACUGAUGUAUCGUUGGCGCCGAUUGAAGCCAUCUCAAUGCUCUGGGAGGCGUUGUUUUUCAUGCGGGCGUGGAGGAACUGGACAUUGAAGAAUAGAACAAGCAGCUUCCAAUGUGUGACAGCAAACACGUACGCUUGUCUUGAGAUAAAUGCUCACAGCCUUGUGCUGGCAGCAAGAGACUGCCGCGAUCGUGGCCGACCCGAGGAAUUCUUAGUGAGGUGUUUCGGCAGUCAGGACGUCGAGGCGACAUUCCGGAAUCUUCGAUCGAUGACGACAAUGAACCAUACCCAGACGAACCUCACUUUCAAGGAAAUCGGCGAAAAGCUGCGGCGAGCUCACAUGCUGCAUCAAAUUCAGCACCGUAACCGUAUUAAGUUUCGAUUCCCUGGUCACACGGGUCCGACCAACGAGUCCGUGCUACCGACACUGCCGACGGAUGCUGAAAUAAAAGCCGCACUAACCAGUGCUGAGGGGAGGGCAUCUGAGGUCUUGGGCAAGCUUGGCCUCUUGCAGGCUGAACAAUCUUUCGAGUUUAGUGUACAUGCCCUCGGGGACCGGAACUGGGAAGACUUGAUCGUUUCCGAUAGUGAGUCUGACACGGAGGACCAUGAAGACCAUGAACCCGGUCAGGAGGUGUAUGAAGCUAAGCAUCUGUUUUCAAACUUUUCGGGCCAGAUCGCGCUGCCUAACAGCACGUCCGAUAAGCACAUCUACCUGAUACGAGAUGACCACGGGAAGGUGUUUCACGUUAAGAAGAGUAGUGUAGUGUGGAUGCUUACUGCGUCUAAGGUUCAGGAAAAAGCUCGUAUGAUACGUUACAAACAGCCCAUGCCUAACUAGGGCAAGCUAGGUUGAUUAGGUUCAUAAGUAAUACAUAUUAUAUCAUGUCCGUACUCUUGGAGUGUUCUUUACUAUCCAUGAUGACACUCUGACUAUGCAACCACUAAGGUGGUUGAAUAGCCAGGGGGAGUGUUAUAACCGGGUGUUUGUAGUUGCCUAUGUACUGGUCUCUACAAACAUCCGGUUUAUACUCUUUAUACAAUGUUGCCCCUAAAUGUAUGCAACCCAUGAA